UCCACACUAAAUGCCUGUCAAAAAUCUUUCGCGAAAUUUAACGCCGAAUUCUUUUUCUCUCAAUUGGAAAUUUGAUUUUCGCUGAAAGUAAGGGCUUUAAGACUGGGCUUAAAACUUUAGAACCGAAUUAACCUUUCUGGGGUCUUGGACCAAGGUGCUAAGUGGCUUUCAGCAGCGGCAAAAGGCAGCGCGGCGGUGGAACGUUAUACUGAGCCGGCAGACGCUUUUUUGUUGGGCGAAAAUUGCAGACGUGAGCGCCCGAAAUGUCCAACGUGGAGAUCUACGACUCCUCCAAUUCGCAGCUGAGCAGCGAUGAGUACAGCCACGAGGAGGGGGAGUACGACGCCCUGAUGGAUGCGGCGGUCAGCAAGGAGCGCCCCCAGAAGAUCAAGGAUAAAGCGGAGGCUCCUCCAAAACCGGAGGAGGAUGAGAAGCUGCCGGAGAUCAAGGCGGACCAGCCGCCUUCCACACGAGCCGAAACGCUGCGCAGGAUUAGGCAAUUGCAGCUGCAACGCCGCCGGUGGCCCAAUCUCUACUUUAAGCGACGCAGCAUGCGCUGGCUGCGACCCAAUAAACUGGAGUACAACACUUAUUUGGAGGGCCUGAAGGACCUGCUGCCCAAGCGAAGAUCGGAAAUGGCUCGCUUGAAUGCCAGGAGGCGGAGGAACUACGACAGCAGGAGCCGGAGCAGGAGUCCCAGUCGCAGCAGGAGUCGUAGCCCCAGUCGCAGUCCCAGCAGUCGCAGUCGCAGCUAUUCACGCAGCCGCAGUGGCAGCCAUUCGCCGGAACUCAUUUGUCUGGAUGACACGGAGAACGAGGAAUCCCCCGAGAAACCCGACAACGAUCAUCAGGAAAACAAGGCCAGGAUUAUGGCUCCACCUCAACUCAACUUCGAAACACCGGAGAAGCUGAAGGCCAAACCGCCGGGAGGCAACGAAAACGGAGCCUCCGUGCUCGAGGAAUUCUUGAUAAGAAAGGAGCUGCUCUCCGCCACCAUGGAGCUGCAACAGGCCAUCAAUCAGCAGCAUGAGGUGGAAGAUUCCUCCCUGGCAGUGGAUUCCACUCUCAAGAGACGCCGUUCGGUGACACCGCCGCAAAGCAAAGCGAUUCCCGAUGCAGACGACGACGAUACGAUUGAGUUUAUGCAGGUUCAGGAAAGCAAAUCAGUUGAGGCAGCAGCAGCAGCAGCUGCACCACUGAAUCUCCAAAUGCCCAGCACCCCGGUGGCCAAUCCGCCCUCUUUCAAGCUCAGCACACCGUAUUCCCUGGCUCCGCCGACCACUAAGCCACCUGCGGAGAACCUAACACCCAUCUCCUACAGCCUAAAUACUCCCACACCACCGGCUACGCCCAUGGAGAUAACCUAUCCCAACGAGAAGCUGUUGAAUAACACGAAACCAAACUCCUUAACUCAGCUGACGGCUGUUUCGUAUGCACAGGCCACUCCACAAGUGCCGGCCAUCGUUAAGAAGCCUCCAGUUCAAGCGGCUCCACUUCAAAAGGCUCCGCUGCAGCCAAUGGCCCUUCCCAGAGCGGCGCCACUGCAGCAAAUGGCUCAAUUGCGAUCAGGUCCUCCACAGCAGCUCGCUCCACCGAAAUCAGGCCCUCCACAUCAGCUUCCUCCACCAAAAUCUGUGCAACCACAGCAGCUAGCAGCUCCACCGAAAGCAGGGCAACCGCAGCAGCUAGCAGCUCCACCAAGAGCAGCUCCUCCACAGCAAUUUGCUGCCCCAAAAGAAGCUCCUCCACAGCAAUUUACGGCCCCAAAAGAAGCUGCACCACAGCCCCAGUUGCAACACCACUUGCCUCCAGUUGUUCCGCCCAGCUUCGUGGUUCCCCAGCAGCCGCAGCCACGUCGCUCGGACACGGUGUCCACGCAAACGCAGCAGGUGCCGCAAUCACCACCGAUUGCUCCUUCGACGUCCCGCCAAAAACCCAACAUUGAUCUCAACAACAGCGAUGCCAACUUCCAUUUUCGCAUCAGGGAACUGUUCGGUGAACUAAACUCCAUCGUCACGGAUAAGGUUAAUUCGAUUCACCCGAAUAAGAACUCCCUGGCCGAAGAACGGGAGCGCAUUGAUGCGGAUCUGAAGACUCUGGACAAUCUGAUUGUCCAGAAAGAGGAGGAAUACAAUCGACUGCUUCACCUGCGCUGCGUUAAAGAGGAGCUGCGCUCGCGAUUGGAGCGAAAGGAGCGCGUGACUAUUGUAAAGGAGCUGCUGCCAAUGCUGCUGAACAAAAGUUGCAGCACUGACGAGCUGCAGGAUAUGCAGGCGAUACUCGAGGAGGAGCAGGAAGCUCCGAUGGCCUCCAAACGCGGACUGUCGGCGGUGGAGCAAUGCCUGAAUUACGCGGAGCUCAACCAGAACAACAUUCGUUUGCUGCGCGGAGUAAUGGGAUUGAAGGAACAGGCACCGCCCGUAUCACCUCGCCAUUUCGAGGAGGAGGGACAGCUAUUUAGAAGGAAUUCCCUGCCAGCGCGUCGGUCAACAAUGCGAGAUGCCCGGUAUACGCCAAAUGAGCCAAAUCAGCGCGAACUCAACGCAUAUGCAGCUCCGCUGGCCAAGCGGCCAAGGCUUUUGCACCCGCAAGACAGAUACCAUCAGGAGAUGACUAGCUCCACGCCGAAUCUGGCCAGCACUUCCUCCUCGUCGCCAACAGGAUUCAGGGUGCGGGAAAACCGGCCCCACUACAGCAACAUGUCGCUGGACAACCAUUUCGAGAACGAAUCAUUGCUCAAGCCGCUGUUCAACAGCAGUCCCAUGGGAUCCCAGCGUCAACUAGCUAAUAGACAGUACCACGAAUCACAUUCCACUCACCGCAACGACGAAGAAAUGGACGAGAUAAAGCCCAAGUCAGACAAGAUCAAGCCGCUUGGCCAUAAGAGCAACAAUAAGUCCCAGCGCGAAUUUUCCGCACCCCUAAAUGGAAAAGAGGAAAGGCGCUGCCACGAGUGCAAGCUCAAUGAAGCCACCUACUUGUGCUCCAGUUGCCAGAAUCAAUGGUACUGCAGUCGCGAAUGCCAGCUGCGCGCCUGGGACACACACUAUCAAACUUGUGGCGUUUAAGUGGAUCGCCCUUAGGAUAUCAGCAUUACUAUGUCUAUAAACUAUAACUAUACCUAUAGCGUAUCGGAGCGCAUAUGCCCCAACUCCAUUUAACCAAUCUCGUAAGUCAUUGCGAAAUACAGGACGAUAUGUACGGACAAUUUAAAAUUGCAUUUCAUUGAAUUAAUUUUUGUACUUGUACUCAAUCACCACUCAUCCUAUGAAUAAAUCAAAUACUUAACGAUUA